AUGCGUCAAGGGGCGCGGGAAGAGAAGAGCCCCUCUAAGAAGCAGCAGGGAACUGGGGUGUCUCUGCAAACCGCCCCCAUGCCAGGCUUCGGCCACUUCUCAGCACCGCGGAGAGCUCCAGGCUCUCAUCGGACCUGGCCUCCGCGGAGGAUGCCCAGCGCUAUGCUCACUCAUGGACAGAACCAAGUGGCACUGAGGCGUCCUGGCCCUUCCAAAGAUUUGCCAGUCUUGUGGCAAUUGCAAGGUGUAUUCCAGCAGAUUAUCCCCCAAGGACUGUUCUGGAAGGAUGCCCAGGAUGUGAUGAUCCAAAAGAUGGAGUGCAUACCCAGACUCCACCCCCCAGAUUCGUGCCUAAAGGACAGGGAGGCAACUUUUCCCACCCAUACCACCAGGAGUCCAAUGGCCAAAGCAGUUUCAAAGGCCCUGAAACAAGAGACAUCCAAACCUGUCAAGACCACCUGUGGGUAUCCAUAA